AGUGCGACAGUUACACGACAGCCACAUAGACAGGAGAAGUGCCGCUCGUUAACGUUAUAAAGCAUUGAGUAGUAAUCACACGACGCGGUUCCCGCUCCACUCCUAUCUCACCCACAGGGACCUUUCUGCUGUUUCUUGUAUUUUUUUUUUCUACCAGGAUGAAGACGAAAUUCGCCUGCGCGGAUGAGCUCCCGAAUUCUCUGGGUCUGUUGAUCGGCUCGGCCGGGGGGCUGGUGACCGCACAGAGAAACGCAGACUCAAUGGGGGUGGAAAACCGCAACGGCGACCAGGAGGAGAGCUGCAGAGCCAAGGAGGACGAGCCAGACCCCCGCACCAGGCGCAAGGCUUACCGCUGGUGUAAGGAGUUCCUGCCCGGGGCGUGGAGGUAUCUGGAGGAGGAGCGCUUCAGGAUCAGCGUCAUACGGGGUGGACUGAGCAAUAUGCUGUUUCAUUGCUCCUUGCCAGAAGAUGAGGUCAGUGUUGGCAAUGAACCACGAAGUGUCCUGGUGCGGGUAUAUGGCGCUAUCUUGCAGAUGUCUUGUAACAAAGGGGAGAACCAGGAGACCCAAAGAGAGAAUUUCUUUCAAGGUGCUGCAGCCAUGGUUAUGGAGAGUGUGAUGUUUGCAAUCCUGGCAGAAAGGUCUCUCGGACCCAAGUUGUAUGGGAUCUUUCCUCAAGGGCGUCUGGAGCAAUUCAUUCCGAGUCGAAGGCUUCAGACUGAAGAGCUGAGUUUCCCUGAUAUAUCGGCUGAGAUAGCAGAAAAGAUGGCCCGUUUUCAUGGCAUGAGUAUGCCAUUCAACAAGGAACCCAAGUGGCUUUUUGGAACAAUGGAGAAGUACUUGAAGCAGGUGCUGAAAAUCAAAUUUACAAGAGAGUCCCAUACUAAGAAACUGAACAAGUUUUUAAAUUACAAUCUUCCUAAGGAAAUGGCUAAUCUGAAGUCCUUACUAGAAGCAACGGAGUCCCCUGUUGUGUUUUGUCACAAUGACUGCCAAGAAGGAAACGUCUUAUUACUGGAUGGAAGGGAGAAUUCGGAAAAGCAGAAACUAAUGCUAAUAGAUUUUGAAUACAGCAGUUACAAUUAUAGGGGAUUUGACAUUGGUAAUCACUUUUGUGAAUGGAUGUACGAUUACACCUACGAGAAGUUUCCAUUCUUCAAAGCCAAUUUUUCAAAGUAUCCCACAAAGAAACAACAGCUUCACUUUAUAUCUAGUUACCUUAUGGAAUUUCAACCUGGGUUUGAAAACCUGAGCGAAGAAGAGAGAAGUAAGAUUGAGAACGAAAUGCUAAUUGAAGUUAACAGGUUUGCCCUGGCGUCCCAUUUCUUCUGGGGUUUGUGGUCUAUUAUUCAAGCAAAAAUCUCAUCUAUUGAGUUUGGGUAUAUGGAAUAUGCCAUGGCGAGGUUUGAUGCCUAUUUCCUACAUAAGAAGAAGUUGGGACUGUGAGUCCUACCUGCAUGGACGGUGAUCGGAAAACCUACCCAGCUUUAAAACGUUUCAAUACCAUCUUCUGCAAAUCAUCCUGUUCCAAAUGGGUCGCAUUGAAGGUUUCCGGAAGUAUUUUGAACCCAUAAUGUGAAUGAAUAUGAUCUGGAUUGGGCACUGGGGAGCUGCCCUUUGCUCUUGAGUAAAUGUUUGACAAUGAAAUCUAUCAAUUCAUCGGGAACUUUUAAGAUACCUGAGGUUUACAUAGUAGUGCCUCUCAUUCUGACGCUUGAUGAAUUGAAUGGAUGCUUUUUUAUUUUUUGCCCAUCAUGCAGUUUUGCUUUGAAAUUCAUGGUAGCGGUAAAAGUGUUAUUCAGUAUCUAAAAUUGUGAAUGUAAAUAUUGUAAAUUGUUAAAUAUCUUCAUGAUUUGUUUUCCAUUUUAGCAUUCAGUAGGGGUCCUUGUAUACAUUUCAGCUUUUUGGGGGGGGGUGCCUGGGCCGUCUGUAGUUCAUUUCUCAGAUAGUUUGCUCUGUGAAGCUUACAAUUUAUAUGGCAAGAGUUUAAAAUAGAGACAAAGUGGUCUAGGGCUCGAGAUUCCUCGAUAAUUGGGGCCGGCACCUGGACGUGAAAAAUCUGCUGGAAUAUCGCUCAAAUUCCAUAAAACUGUGAAAAAUGCGCAGUCUGCUUUUUUGUGAGUAAUUUGAGUGGAAUAGCAAAAAAAUUUGUGUACAUAGCCUUAGUCGAUGGAACAACGAGACAAAGAUCGCGGAGUGCAGGGAAGUAAAGUGCGCUACAGUGUUAGUAUCCCCGCUUGUUCUCCUAAUCAAAACUUCUGACAUUGCUUUUCUUUUUUUUUUUU